AUGUCCACCCCCCGAACUUUCACCCUAACAUUUACCGGAGACGUGAUGCUAGGCCGUCUAAUCGACCAACUCUUGCCCGAACACGUCAACAACCCCCAAGACAAAGAAGUCGCAACCAGCUUCAUAUCCAAACACCCAUCUAUCCUCGGCCAAGGAAACUACACACCAUCCUCACCAUGGGGCACAACACUCUCUCUCUUCCAAGCAUCCGAUCUAAACAUCAUCAACCUCGAAACAGCAGUAACAACCACCCCCGAGCGCUGGCCCAACAAGAAAUACAACUACCGCAUGCACCCAGCCAAUCUAGCGCCCAUCCUACACGCAGCCCAAAUCGACUACGCGAAUCUCGCGAAUAACCACGUCCUCGACUUUGGCAGUGAAGGCCUCGUCGAAACAGCUUGGACAUUGAAAAGUGCCCGCAUUGCUUUUUCGGGUGCGGGCGAGACGACGAAUGAAGCGUUUAAGCCGGUGGAGUUAGCUCUGCCGCGGAAGACGCUGUUAAAGCAUGGAUGUGCUCGUAUUGGCACUAGUAGUGAUACUACUGGUACUAUAACUACUAUUGCGCCAGAAAGCACUCGAACCCAGGCUGGCGACAGUGGGGCUAGGUACCUCCCCGUGCACAUUUACUCCGCGUCCGACCAUCCCCAAGACUGGGGUUCUGUCCCAAACUUCCAUUUAAUUGAUUACUCACCGAGUACGCGGGACCGAUUGCGUAGAUUACUUCUUUCAAAUGGCGUGGCGGAAUAUCCGGGCGAGACGGACUCGAAAAGUGAUACCCAUCACGACCAACCUAAACCUGGAGACCACGAUAACGAAUCCACGCAGUCAAGGCGAAACAAUGCUCAUGUUCCCGCGUUGAAGAUAUUAUCCAUCCACUGGGGGCCAAACUAUAUAUGGAAACCAGAGGAUAGAAUCCGAUCAUUGGCGCACUUCCUGGUCGACGAGUGCGGCGUUGACAUCGUGCACGGCCAUUCCUCGCAUCACGUCCAGGGGGUGGAGGUUUAUCGGGGGAAAAUUAUUAUAUACGGCUGUGGGGACUUUGUUGAUGAUUAUGUUUUGCAUCCGGAGUUUCGGAAUGAUCUUGGUGCUGUUUGGAGGGUUGUUUGUCGUGAAAAGGUGGUGGGAGGGCCCCGGGAGAGGGAGAGGGAGGGAAAGGGGCUUUUAGGUCUGAGUCCUGUGCGGUUGGAGAUAUUUCCUACGCGCAUUGACAAAUUUCGAGCCAUGUUGCUGGAUUCUGGGGAUGUGGAUCAUAAUUGGGUUUGGGGGGAGGGUUGGUGCACUUAG